GGCAAGGAGGGGCCGUCCACCGGCUCCCUGCUGCCCACUACGGGGAUGGAGCCUUAGGCAACCACCGUACUGCCCCUGCCCUGGCGAGGCUCACAGCCUCUCCCUGCACAGAAACCCUGGACUGCCGAGCAGCCUGUCUCCUCACACCCCACCAGGCCCUGGGGGCACAGGGGGACUGAAGACCUGGGACCAUGGUGGGACUGAAGCCCUCAGAUGUGCCCCCCACAACAGCCGUGAAGUUCCUGGGGGCGGGCACCGCGGCCUGCUUUGCUGACCUCCUCACCUUUCCACUGGACACCGCCAAGGUCCGCCUGCAGAUCCAGGGAGAGAACUCUGCGGCCCUGGCGGCUCAGAGCGUGCGGUACCGCGGGGUCCUGGGCACCAUCCUGACCAUGGUGCGCACCGAGGGCCCGCGCAGCCCCUACAACGGGCUGGUGGCCGGCCUGCAGCGCCAGAUGAGCUUCGCCUCCAUCCGCAUCGGCCUCUACGACUCCGUCAAACAGUUCUACACCCCCAAGGGGGCGGACCACUCAAGUGUAGUUAUCCGGAUUCUGGCGGGCUGCACGACGGGAGCCAUGGCGGUGACCUGUGCCCAGCCCACAGACGUGGUGAAGGUCCGAUUCCAGGCUAGCGUGCAGCUCGGGCCUCGCAGCGACAGGAAAUACAGCGGGACUAUGGAUGCCUACAGAACCAUCGCCAGGGAGGAAGGCGUCAGGGGUCUGUGGAAAGGAACUUUGCCCAAUAUCACGAGGAACGCCAUUGUCAACUGUGGCGAGAUGGUGACCUACGACAUCAUCAAGGAGAAGCUGCUGGACUCACACCUGUUCACAGACAACUUCCCCUGCCACUUUGUCUCUGCCUUUGGAGCCGGCUUCUGUGCCACAGUGGUGGCCUCACCAGUGGACGUGGUGAAGACUCGGUAUAUGAACUCCCCCCCAGGCCAGUACCUCAACCCCCUGGACUGCAUGCUAAAGAUGGUGGCUCAGGAGGGCCCCACGGCCUUCUACAAGGGAUUCACACCCUCCUUUUUGCGUUUGGGAUCCUGGAACGUGAUGAUGUUCGUAAGCUACGAACAGCUGAAGAGAGCCUUGAUGAAAGUCCCCAUGCUACGGAACCGCCGUUCUGAGUGAGCCCCAGGCAACCACUUGGUACUCAACUUGUACGGAGCCAGUCAAGAAUGGAACAAAGCGGUGGAUCUAGGGGCAGGGACCCCAGCGCAAACACUGUUUACAGAAUAUUCACUUGCUGCUGAUUCAAGAGAUAGAAGAGGGAAGGGUGCUGGUCGUCAGUGCUUUUCUUAAGAACACCUUUAUUUAGCACUGACAAGAUGGAGAAUAAAUUAUAUUAAUUUUUGAAACUCAUUAGAUUGGAUGCCUAACAUUUAGGCAGGAGAAGAUAAACCAAAACAGAUCCAUUUGGAUACAAUGGAAGUUUGUAAACCUGUGUACCCUGGACAAUCUACGAGAUGAUGGAUUGGAAGACUGCUGGGACAGGAGUAGCCCACAAUUCAGUUGAAAAUCAGCCACAAAGUCUAGAGAGAUACUACAAAUGCCAACACAGAGCUGUGACUGCAGCCGUGACCAUCACACACGGAGCACCUGUCUGUGUUUGUAAUAUGUCUAUCAAGUAGAAUCAUUGGGAUUCUAGGAAAUGUGAGAAAACCUUGAACUUGUGCCAAAGAAGCCCCACUGUGUCUGUGUGAGGCUGAGGCUUGUAAAGAUUCUCUGAGGACAUUGAAGAAUCAAGAUGGUAGCCUCAGUCUCCUGUCCUGUGAACUGGGACUAACAAUACCUCCGCUCCUACCUCCCAGGGUGUUCUGAAGAUUACAUGGGAAGCUGGGCAUGAAAGCACUUUAAAGCAAAACGCCAGUUAAGAUAAGGUGCCUGCAUCCUACAUCAGAGUUAGUGGGUUCAAUCCCCAGCUCUACCUGCUGACUCCAGCUUCCUGCUAAUGCAGACCCUGGGAGGCGGUGAUGAUGGAUCAGUAAUUGGGUCCUGCCACCCACAUGAGAGACCUGGAUUCAGUUCCUGGCCCCCAGCUUCGGCCUGCGCAGUCUUGACCAUUUGGGCAUUUGUGGAGGGGAGUGAACUAGCUGAUGGGAGCUCUCUGUAUCUCAAAAGAAAAAAAAAAUCAAAAGCUCUGUAUGAAUAUAAAUGAGGGUACUUCAGAAAGCAUCAU